AACAUGAAGCUGCUCGCCGGCCGCUGCUUCACGUGGAUUCUUCAGAGAGGAAUCUUUUGUUUGUUGGUCGUUGGGCAACGUCAUCAUGGCGUCUUCACCUCGGGCCACAGAGCAUCAGCUGAGCUCAACGGAGACCAGGAGGAUUCUUCACAGAAGGACCAGGAGCCUCAAACUCGGCGACUGAUUCAAAACACCAAACUUCCCAUCAGCCCCUUCAUCCCUCUUUCAAAACAGGGACUUUGGGAAAUACUUGGAGGAAACUCCCAGUCCCAUUCCAACUCGUCCUUAAAAAUCAAGUUUCAGCCAAUAACGAAGGUUCAUGGAACUUCUAAAUUCUCCAGGAAGUUCAGUUGGGGGGCCUUCUACUCAAACAUCAAGACGGUCAAACUGAACUUGCUGAUAAUGGGGAAGAUCGUGGAUCACGGGAACGGCUCUCUCGGAGUGUACUUCCGCCACAACUCCACAGGUGUGGGCAACGUCUCCAUCAGCCUCGUGCCUCCCAUGAAGGAGGUGGAGUUCGACUUGGAGCGCCAAAGUGUGGUCAACCCCAAAGACUCCAAGACGUUCAGCUGCAGGGUGGACUACAAGAAGACCGAACGCAACAAGAAGGUGAUGCUGUGCAACUACGACCCAUCGAAGACGUGCGACCAGGAGCAGACCCAGAGCCACGUCACCUGGAUGUGCUCCAAACCCUUUCAGGUCGUCUGCAUCUACGUGUCUUUCUACAGCACGGACUACAGGCUGGUUCAGAAAGUCUGUCCCGACUACAGCGACCACAAACCAGGUGCCCUCCAGCCCACAGGAGGUUGAUGUUUCAGUAGAUCCAGUUUCCAGCUGUACCGACACUGUGGUGGAUGUUUUUGAAGGGAUCGUCAAAUGUAGCAUUUCUCUCGAUAUAAUAUUUUCAAGUCUUG